AUGACAUUGGAUCGAAUUGAACAUGACGAUUCGGACAGAAAGUCGUACACGUCAACUUUGACCGCGACGACUGAACUCGAUGAUGUGGAUUACGCGGAUUAUCGUUUCGAAAGCGCAAGAUUAAAUUCUUUCGUUAAGUGGCAUGUGCCAUUCAUCGAUCCCAAAAAGCUCGCGGCUGCCGGUUUCUUUUACACAGAGGAAGAAGAUGCAGUGAAGUGCUUCGCGUGUCAAAUUAUUUUGUCAGGCUGGAUGGACGGGGAUGAUCCCAAGGUCGAGCAUCAACGUUGGUCAGGAAAAUGUAGCUUCGUCCGGAAUAUGUCCUGUGGAAAUGUACCGAUUGGCACCGAUCCCAGUAUGUAUCCCAAACCUAAACGAAUGGAUACUUGCGGACUUUACGGUUGCAAGUUUAUGCCGCUGUCUGGUCCGGACGACAAUUUGCAGAUUGAAAAAAAUCCGAAUAACGAUAUUGAUAUCACUGUCUUCUGGGACACCGAAACGAACACCCACUCCACGGCUAAGCUCAGCGACGUGUUAGGCUCGAAACAGCCCACAUACGCUUCAUAUGAGCGCAGAUUACGCUCUUUCGAAACAUCCACUUCCGAUAUGAUAUGUGAAAAAAAAGAAGAAUUGGCGAAAGCUGGCUUCUUCUACCUUAGCGGCCUUUUUGGACCUUCUGAUCAAACGAUGUGUUUCUACUGUGGAAAAUGCCUGAGAUCCUGGGAGAAGAAGGAUGAUCCUGUGGAAGAGCACGUUAAGUGGUACCCUCACUGCAAGUUUAUCAAGAAGGUAUUCGCAAAGCGUUUAGAGGAGAAAGACGAUCGCGCAGAACGGACGAACAACGAGUUUGUUUCAAAUACUACGACUACCGUUUGUUAA